AUGCGACGACGGGCUGCCGAUUAUCGGCGCCCGGUUAGACGGAGGUUAUCGUAUUGGAUCUGCCUUCUUCUCGCUUUCUCCUUCAUUCUCGCUACCGUUUUGUUCAUCAUUCAACAUAAUCAUCAUCAAGAUCCGCUUCAAUAUUCUUUGCUCGAGAGGAAUGCAAGAGUUGAACAUUUUGCCAAAGAGAGUUUGAAUUUUACUGAAGAAAUUUUAAGUGUAACAUCAUUUUCUCGGCAGUUAGCGCAACAGAUGAUUCUGGCCAAGGCUUAUGUGGUUAUUGCCAAAGAACAUAAUAAUCUUCACCUUGCCUGGCAGCUUAGCUCAAAGAUCAGAAGUUGCCAACUUUUGCUUUCAAAAGCUGCCAUGACUGGGGAGCCUGUCACACUGGAAGAAGCAGAGCCGAUUAUUAAAAGUCUCACUGCUCUAAUUUUUAAGGCACAAGAUAUCCAUUAUGACAUUGCAACUACCAUAGUGACUAUGAAAUCUCAUAUUCAAGCACUUGAAGAGCGCGCCAAUGCAGCAACAGUUCAAAGCGCUGUGUUUGGUCAACUAGCAGCUGAAGCACUACCCAAGAGUCUACAUUGCCUGAAUGUGAAACUCGUGACUGACUGGCUCAAGGUGCCAUCCCUACAGAAACUCUCAGAUGAGAGGAAAAACUCCCCAAGGCUCACGGACAACAAUCUAUAUCAUUUCUGUUUAUUUUCAGACAAUGUACUGGCAACAUCUGUAGUUAUUAACUCAACCGUCUACAAUGCGGAUCAUCCAAAGCAAUUGGUCUUUCACAUUGUCACCAAUGGAAUCAAUUACGGAGCAAUGCAAGCAUGGUUUCUUAGUAAUGACUUUAAAGGAGCCACUGUAGAGGUACAGAAUAUUGAGGAGUUCCGUUGGUUGAAUGCAUCUUAUUCUCCAGUUGUCAAACAGCUCCUCAAUCCUGACUCACGAGCCUUCUACUUUGGGCUAUAUCAAGAUGUAAACGCUGAACCAAAAAUUCGGAAUCCCAAGUAUUUAUAUUUAUUGAAUCAUCUUCGGUUUUAUAUCCCCGAGAUUUAUCCACAACUUGAGAAGAUUGUUUUUCUGGAUGACGAUCUUGUUGUCCAAAAAGAUCUGACCCCUCUUUUCUCACUGGAUUUGCAUGGGAAUGUGAAUGGUGCAGUUGAAACUUGUCUUGAAGCAUUUCAUCGAUAUUACAAGUAUCUCAACUUCUCAAGUUCAAUUAUAAGCUCGAGAUUUGAUCCACAGGCAUGCGCAUGGGCAUUUGGUAUGAACGUUUUUGACUUGGUGGCAUGGAGGAAGACUAAUGUGACGGCAAGAUAUCAUUAUUGGCAGGAGCAGAAUGCCGAUAGGACUCUCUGGAAGUUGGGCACACUUCCUCCUGCUCUUCUGAGUUUUUAUGGUUUGACAGAGCCACUUGACAGAAGAUGGCAUGUUUUAGGAUUGGGUUAUGACCUAAAUAUUGACAACCGCCUUAUUGAAAGUGCUGCGGUUAUUCACUUCAAUGGGAACAUGAAGCCUUGGCUGAAGGUAGCUAUAGGCAGGUAUAAGCCACUGUGGGACAAGUACAUAAAUCAAAGUCUCCCUCAUCUUCAAAAUUGUGUCCUGAGUUGA